AUGAGCAAUCACUUUUUUGCCAUCUUCAUAUUUGGUCAGAUACUACUGUUCAGGCUCAAUGUAGCUGAAAGAGAGUGUGGGCUUCCUAAAAACAUUGACAGUUUGCCCGAUUUUGCGAGAGAGGAAAUCCGAGAAAUUUGGAGAAACCAUGUUCCAGGGACACCGUGUUUGAAAGAAAUCGAAAUAGAAAAUGAUAUUAUGGAUGUCAUAAAAAGCUUUGAAUCUGAUUCACCCUCAAACAGUGACCGAGCUAAAGAGCCAUCAACAACUACAGAGGCGUCAAUAGACCAGGAUUAUGAUCAUAUUGGAACAAACGGAGGGACUCCAAUACCGCUGCUCUCAGCAUCCACAUUUGCUUCACCAGCUAAAAAGUUGAGAAGUCAGGAUGAAGUUGAAAGUGACGACUACUUGGAUCAGACGACCUUUGACGAUGUGGCUAUGAUGCAAUUUAAUAGUGUCAGAGCUCCGUUCCUUCGUUCCGCGAGCCCAUAUGUCAAAAGUGAAUUUCAAAAAAUUUGGGACGAUCAGAACAUCCCAAGUGAGAGUUUGAGGUCAUUGAAGAUUCAAACUUUAGCUGUUUCCUUGUUGACUUCAAAGCAGUUGUCUGAGUAUAAUCGGUGGGCUACAAAACGACGAAGAGUUUUGAAGGCUCGAGAACAGGAGAUGAGACACUUGAGCUUCAGCGCAAAGGAUGCAUUACGAAAAUUAAGUGUUCAAAGAGAUGACAUCAGUCAUAUUGUUGUCCCUGCUAAUGUCAAAAAUGAACUGAUGACGUUUGUUCAACGACUGAACCGUAGACGUAAUCUAAAGUUGGUACACUAA